AUGCGACGGCUGAGUUGUAUCCCCGAAGCGGUGGGACAAGUACGUGGUUUUAGUAUCAGAUUAUUUUCUGGCAUUCGGAGUUGUUGUUCUUGCGCGUUGUUGUUUUGCAUAGUCAGCUGGGUUUUUGUAAAUUACAGCACGUUUUUCGGUUUUUUAUACAGUACUUAUAUUAUACUAUAUAUUUUGAAGAGUUAGACUAAUUAAGCACAGUAUGCAGGGUUGAUUGAGGAGUUUAAAAAGAAGGAGCCGCUUUUUUAGGAAAGGAGGGAAGUGUUUUCCACAAAUAUUUUACUUAUUUUUUGUAAAAUUAGUAGCAAACCUUAUCUAUUCAAAGGUUUUUGAUGGUAUCUUUUGUUUUCUUUUUAUUCUGUGUUUACUUUAGCAGUAGAUUCUUUCUUAAUUAUUUUUGUAUUUACUACAGUAAAAUAUCUUUUAGCAUCGCUUUGACUUCCACAACGAUAUUAUGAUAGAGAACGAGCGACGAGCGUCUCAACAAGAAAUCGACAGUGCUCUACAGUUUCUGGAGCGACGACAAAGUAGUGGAUCUAAUGGAGGUAAGCGCUGAUCUAUCUUGAUUGAGUUUUUCAGAUUAGUAUAAAAUUUGAAAAAAGUACUGUAGUUUUUUGGUUUAUAGUAAAUUUUGGCAGAAUUUUAAAUAUAAGAUCAGUUUAUUACUCUAGCUUUAAUUACUCUGUCAUCAAUCAGAGCGUGAAUCUCACUGUGCUGAAAGUUGUAAACUUGUUUUUGUCUUUUAUUUGUGUACCUUAACAUAGCCAUGUUUGUGUACUAACGAGCAGAAAGUGUGACGAGCAAAUGAAUUCAGAAGCUGUUUUCCCACCGCUUCUUUGAGUACGAAAAUGAAGUGUCUAAUUUAAGCUUAACUUUGGCUAAUAUUACUCGAGCACGCUCGCAGGGCACGGGAUAAUAUAACGGAUGUUCAUGUCAGAUUGUAAUUUGCAUACCGUUUCAAAACAAAUGCAUGAAAAUGUAUUUUUGUAAUGUUACAGUAUGCCAAGUGUACUGUAGUUGGACUUUUGUCAGCUUAAGUUGUAAUUUAGCAAAACUAAAGUACAUAUUAACAUACGACGGUCUAGGAUAAUAUUUUUGAAUUUGCUUUUGCCUACGAACUUUUGGGCCGCUCUAAUCCAAUAAAAGUAUUUUCAGUGGUGGGUAACAUCCAACCGGAUCUGUACAGGAAACGAGGCUCCGUGGUCAAGAUAGCCUCGUCCAAAGAUACGAUAUGUGUCGGCAGUGUGCAAUUACAAUUAAGUUACAACUUCUCCAAGUCCGACUUUGUUGUUGUUUUGUUGGAAAGUAAGUUCUUGCGCUUUUUUGAAUACAGUACUCGAAAAUAAUUUUCUAAUAAGAGUACUGUAACAUCAAACCCAUACUGUAUUUUCAGCCUCAUUCGCAGUCCAGCUUGAGGAAUGUCAGCUGAUUUUCAUGCUCGGCUUCAACGCUCGUCGAGAGUCGUCCAAGAUUGCCUUAGGCACUGCCGUACCUAUCCAGACCUUCAAAUUCCCUCUAUCUUAUCAAGAACUGAUGGAGAAGACAUUGACCAUCCAACUGGUUGAUUCAAGAGUACCACGUGUGGUUGGUACCUCAUCAACGCCUUUGUCCAAGCUGAAUCCAUCAGAUGAACUUAUGGUACUGAUGGAGCUCGAUCCGGUAGAGGCUGUGGUUAACAUGGGUACAGUACAACUGUGGCUACAGUAUCUAAUUUCUGCUCAACGGUUUACUGUAACGAUACAACAGAGUACUCAAGUGGAGAAGGCGGAUUGUGGUAGGUUUAAGACAUAUACAUGCUAUAGUAAUUAGUUAGGAUGGUUUAGAAAUGAGAGUGGGUAAUAUAGAGGUGGUUAAGUUAUCUCAAAAACAAUUUAACAAUAGAUACAAGUAGUAUUACUAUUAAUAGUUUAAAAAAUGUAAUACGACCGGUUAUGACAUCAAAUUCCGUCAUUUACAACGCUGUAAACCCAGUUGUAAACAAGAUACGAUGGUUGUAAACCACAUGCAAUUACAUUUUGUUUUAAAUCUGAUGUAAUGAUCAUAACAUUACUCUGAAAGUACAUGGUGGAAUGUGGCCUACCCAAAUUACUGCAGAGUAAACUACAUAAAAGUACAUGUUCUAUUUACUGCAAAGUAACUUUUAAUUAGAUACGAAGUAAAGCCUUACAGUACUAAAUAAAGCUCUUAAUUAGCAGAUACAGUAAUAAGAUACGAACUAUGACCUUUCGAUACGAUUAAAGUAAUUGAUUAUGCACAAUGUUGCUCUAAUUGCAGGAACGUCGGUCUUCUUCAAGGCUACAUUAAUUAUGAACGAUAAGGCGCUCAAGAAGAAGAAGACCAACUCCAAGAAGGCAUCCGACUCGAAUCUAGUGUGGAACGAGGCCCUCAUGUUCUCUAUCGAUCACAACACGAUACUAAAGUAAGCCAGUUUAUACUAAAGUACCAAGGUUAUAUUAAAGUACGCGGCUUUUUAUUGAUGAAGACAGAAUGAUAUCAAAGUAGGUAGUAUGGCUUCAGAAAGUGUAAGGUGUGAAAGAGGAUACAGUCAUAUUAUAGUAGAUAUCAAAGUAGAUACCAAGACCUUAAAGUGGACAGAAAUAUAUUAAAGUAGGUUAAAUAUCGACUGAUACGAAGUCUAUGAUGUAGUUAAGCCUCUAGCUAAACUGUUUUUACGUUUUAAAUAAAGUGUUUGGCUUUUCACGGUAGUAAAUGUCAUAAAUGUGAUGUAUAACAAUAUUUGUAGAUGUGACAUGGAGAUAGCGUUGGUGGAAGUAGACAGGAAUCAGCGGGAGAAGACAUUGGGUAAGAUUCAGUUUGGGAAGAACAACUCAGUAGAAGGUCGCUUGUGGAAAGAGAUUCUGGAGGGACGAUCUCCGCCUCCACAAUGGCUCAACCUCAGAAGUUGA